GGAGCAGAGGAGGGAAUGCAAAACAGCUUUUUCCUUGGAGCCAAAAGGAGCAGCAACGCCCCUUUGCUAUAAAUUUGGAGCUGCCUCACGGUGAACUGCAGCUGCUCCUGGCAGCCGUGAGUGGCAGAGGGAUGGGCCCGCACGCAACUAGGAACUGAGCCUCGCCCGCGGUGGAAGGUGGACGGGGAGCGGCUGGACUGGUCCGGAGGGGAGAGAACCAGCCCAGCAAACCCAGAGCUCAGCACCAGCGCGGUCAGCGCGCGGGACCAGGGCGCAGCGCCCGGGCGCGGCGCAUUUUACAUAGUGUCUGAGACUAAUUCAGCCCUGAAGAUCAACAUGAUCCUCAACUCUUCUAGCGAAGAUGGUAUUAAGAGAAUCCAGGAUGACUGCCCCAAAGCGGGAAGGCACGAUUACAUAUUUGUCAUGAUCCCUACUCUCUACAGCAUCAUCUUUGUGGUGGGAAUAUUUGGAAACAGCUUGGUAGUGAUUGUCAUCUACUUUUACAUGAAAUUGAAGACUGUGGCCAGUGUUUUCCUUCUGAAUUUAGCCCUGGCUGACUUAUGCUUUCUGCUGACUUUGCCACUGUGGGCUGUCUACACUGCCAUGGAAUACCACUGGCCCUUUGGCAAUCACCUGUGUAAGAUCGCCUCAGCCAGCAUCAGUUUCAACCUCUACGCCAGUGUGUUCCUGCUCACGUGUCUCAGCAUUGACCGCUACCUCGCCAUCGUCCACCCAAUGAAGUCUCGCCUGCGCCGCACGAUGCUGGUGGCCAAGGUCACCUGCAUCAUUAUCUGGCUGCUGGCUGCUUUGGCCAGCUUACCAGCCGUCAUCCACCGAAAUGUGUUUUUCAUCGAGAACACCAACAUCACGGUUUGUGCUUUCCAUUACGAAUCUCAGAACUCAACCCUCCCCAUAGGCCUGGGUCUGACCAAGAAUAUAUUGGGAUUCCUGUUUCCUUUUCUGAUCAUUCUCACAAGCUACACUCUUAUUUGGAAAGCCCUGAAGAAGGCUUACGGAAUUCAGAAGAACAAGCCAAGAAAUGAUGACAUUUUUAGGAUAAUUAUGGCAAUUGUGCUUUUCUUUUUCUUUUCCUGGGUUCCACACCAGAUACUCACUUUUCUGGACGUGCUGAUUCAGCUGGGCGUCAUCCGCGACUGUAAAAUUACGGAUAUUGUGGACACCGCCAUGCCUAUCACCAUUUGCGUCGCUUAUUUUAACAAUUGCCUGAAUCCUCUUUUUUAUGGCUUUCUGGGGAAAAAAUUUAAAAAAUAUUUUCUCCAGCUCCUCAAAUACAUUCCUCCGAAGACCAAAUCCCACUCGGGCUUGUCAACAAAAAUGAGCACGCUUUCCUAUCGCCCUUCGGAUAACGUGAACUCAUCCGCCAAGAAGCCUGGGCCUUGUUUUGAGGUGGAGUGACGGGUUCAAAACCUGCUGGUAAAGUAAUUCUGUGACGGGCUAGAGCCGCAGCUUGCUACCAAAGGAGCAUCACUGCCCUUCAGGGUUUAAGCAGAAAAUGGAUUAUUCAGUGGACUGUAGAUAUUUUUCUAAAGCUCAGAACAAAAACUUUUCUUUACAAGAACUCAAAGCAAAGUCAGUUUCACCUUUAUCAUCAUAUAGAUCGUUACUGCUCUGAGGAAAAUGUCAGAAUCUCAAUAUGUUGAUUUGGAAAACAUUUACUGGCAGAAAUGCACUCUCCUCCGUCUCCUGCCAUUCUGUCAGCUUUGAUUUCCACAUACAGGUAUUUGGAAUAUAUUAAAGCUUUAGCGGAGCAGUAGGAGACAGGAAGUCAACAUGGCUCUGCCCAGUUUCCAAAGGGCAGGGAAAUCUUCUGCCCCUUUAGCAUUAGCAACUGUGAGCCGCGUUUUCCUGUUACUACCCUGUUUGUACCGAGUACUGAGAUUUGCUAAGUAGUAGUCAUGUAGUUUUAGAAGCUUUUGUGAAAUCCAACCAGUGUCUUCAAAAUUCACAAUGCCAAAACAAUGUCAGCAAAAUGGCUUACUUGUGUGAGAGUGUAACCACAGUGACACACCAAAGUUAAACUGAAUAUAAAGUUGUAACUCUGUCCUGGAUAAUUCUGCCUUCCUAGUCCCGUCUAUUUUAUUUCAUAUCUGAAAAAUGUAUAUAGUUUGUGGCAAACAGAUUUAUCAUAAAUUUUGCCUUUUACUGUUCUAAAAAUGUGUAUAUUCUACACACACACAUACACACACACACACAUAUAUAUAUAGCUGUAUCUCUAAGCUAUUAUUUGAUUACAAUCUGGCAAAGCUGUAUUUAUCCUGAAAUAAAAAUAUUGUAAUGUAUUUAAUCAUCACUACUUAAAAUAAAUGCUGAUUUAUUUUUAAAUUAGAUAAACAUGAGUAAGCAUGAAUACAUUUUAUUUGAGGUUUGACCUAAUUAUAAUUUAAUGAGUAGUUACAUAUUUUUUAAUUUUUUAUUAUAUUUAUUUAAUCUGGGGGGACAUGUGAAUGCCACAGCACAUAUAUGAAGGUGAGAAGAUAAUUUUCAGGAUUUGGUUCUCUCCACCAACUGAGUCCUGGCGAUCGAACUCAAGUUGUCAAGCUUGGAGGCAAGCACCGUUAGUUACCCAACUGAACCACUUCACUGGCUCCUACACAAAAGAUAAAGAAGAAAAUAUUUUAUUCUAAUGAACAGCAUGGAAUAAACACACAUCAUUUUGAAUUUUUCAAAGUUUUUAUAUAACAGAAAAAAUUUUAUUCCCUAUAACAUUAAAAUAAUACAUUAUUUUUCAUAAUUUGUUUAAUAUUGGGAUUUGUCUAGUUAUAUGUAUGAAUACUAUAGGAAAUUUAGAAGCUAUAAAAAAUAGUCAUAUUUUUGCCCCAAUUAAAAAAUGUUCAUUUUAGUUCACCCAUUUCUAAUGUUCAGUAUAUAUAUAAAUUAUAUCGGAGACAUAAUGUGCGUAGACCUUUAUAUAGUUUCACUCACGGCCAUAGCACAGUAGCUUCCUGCUUUAUUAAAUAUUUUCUCAAGCAUUUUAAUAUUUUUUAUUUUACUUUCAUGUGGUUAUUAGUCACCAAGCUAGAAUAUUUAGCUUUUUUCUGAUUUUUUUUCAGUAUUGUACGUUGCACUAAAAUGAACAUUCAAGUUCAUGAAUAUGAUAGAUUUCUCAGAGUCUAAGAAGUGGUAUACAGUUGUACACAUUUCUUGUAUUCUCGAUACAUAUUACUCAACAUUUUCCCCCCAAAAUGAAAUAAUUCGUAAUAUUGCCAGCAACCUGAUUCUAUUUCACCAGAGCCUCAACAGCAUGAACUUUUUGCAGAAUGUAAACAGAAAAGAAUUUAUGGUGAGGAUUCACCACAGUUCAAGGGUGGGGAAUUAGUAAUGCCUGAAGAGCUUGCUGGAACAUUAUGCUCCUAUGGGCAAUUGCCUCCUCCUUCAACCUACAGGUCUUCAGUCCUCCUGGCAUCCACUUACAGAAGGCUGAGUUGCCAUCCUGGGUCCGCACACUGUAGCCAAAAGACUGAGGAACAUAGAAAGUAGUCAUUGAUGGGAGCUGUGGAGAAGGAGGUCACUCAGAGAGGUCUUGGUGUGCAAAGCAGGACCUCCACCAGCAGAAUCUUGUAUUCACAUUGUAUAAAGUGUUAUUUGUGAAUAAACGUGGUUACAUAUGCCUAA